AUGGCUGAGCCGUAUUCUGAAUGUAAAGUAAUGAUUGAUUAUCCAGGUAGGUUAGGUUCUCGUAUAAAUAAAAAGGAAGGAAAAGUAUUAUAUUGUGAAGAAAACGGUGUUCCAAGACUAAGAAUUCUUCAAGGAAAGAAAGAAACAACAUUUGAUUUAGACUCUCCAGAUUUAGUAUCCUUUAAAAUAAAUGCUCAAAGAAUUUCUGAUGGAUUAAUUUCAUUUCAAUUUUCAUAUUCUUAUGGGAUGUUAUGUAAUGUUUUAUUAUCUGAUCCAUUAACAUUAAAUGGUUUUUAUAAUUUGGUUGAUGCUCUUGCACGUCAUAUUCAUUAA